AUGUGCGUAGGGAAGUGCACUCGGAUUCUGGGCCCAUGCCUCAUUGCCUUGGGUGUGCUUUCCAUUGCUGCCAACGUGCUCCUCCUCUUCCCCAGCUGGACGUGGAGCUAUGUGAAGGAGGGCCGCAUCACCAAACAGGCUAUGCAAGUGCCAGGAGUCUGGGGAGGAGGCAUAAUUGUUCUUCUGGCCGCAACUGAGAUCAUGGCUGUUGGGUGGCGCUGUGGCCGUUCCUCCGACUAUGGAACUUGCCGGAAUAUGUUCCUUUCCAUUGUAUUGUCGGGGCUGGCGUUGCUGGGAUCUACUGCUUGCUUUAUCCUUUCGGGUGUGGGCUUGACAAAUGGACCCCUCUGUCUAUACAAUCAGACUGAAGUCCCGAAGUGGGAUUACCCUUUCGUAAACAUGGAAAACCAGGCCUUCCACACCAGGGCUCAGAAUUAUUUAUAUGACCCAUCGCUCUGGAAUUCAGUCUGCAUCGAGCCCCCAAACGUUGUAGCCUGGAACAUCUACUUCUUCUCCAUUCUGCUGGUCAUCAGCGUGGUCGAAAUGGUCCUGGCUUCUCUUCAGAUCAUCAAUGGCUUCUUUGGAUGCCUCUGUGGCUUAUGUGAAGGCAAAUAGGUUCAGUGCAUAUCAGAUUCCUGAGUUGCCUGGAUUUUGCUAUGC